CUUGGAUAAAAAAAAAAUUAUCGUUGGCUUCUAAUAUUCCAUAAUGUCAUCCAGUUCAUCCAGCUCUGAUUCUGAAUCAUCAGAAGAUGAGAAGAAACCUCAAGUCAAAAAACAAGAGGCUCCACGCAAAACAUCGACGAAUGAAAGUGCUGCAUCUCAACACACCAGAAAAAUGGAUGAAAAGGAAAGACGGAAAGCUGAGGUCCGAGUACGAUUAGAGGAGCAAAGUAAAAGCAAGAAAGGAUUUUUAACACCCGAACGAAAAAAGAAAUUAAAGGCUUACAUUAUGAAAAAGGCCCGAGAAGAAAUGCUAAUUGAGUUAAAAAAGAAAGAGGGAGAAAAGAAGAAAUUUUUGGAACAGAAGGUCAAACCUAUACCACCUAAUUUAGACACAAUGAGCGAUGAUGAAGUAAGAAGAUUAUGUGAAGAACUUAUACAUAGUAUAAAAGAAUUAGAAAUGUCUAGAUACGAUUGGGACUCUACUCUUAGGAAAAAUGAUGAACAAAUCAACUCUAUGACCAAUGAAGUCAACAACCUAAGAGGAAGAUACGUCAAACCAACCUUGAAAAAAAUUUCCAAAUACGACGCCAAAUUUCAAAAAAUGCAGAGGAGCAACAAACCAGAAGCUCCUGAUUGGUUAUCUGGCCUCAAAAAAGUUGAAACUAAUCGAUUUGCCAUCACUGAUGAAGUUGAAGCUAAAGCUAAACCGGAAUGGGCCGCUUCUCCAGGUGCUGCUACUGCCCAAGCCGCUGAAUAAUUAAAAUUAAUAUUGCGUUUUUUAAAUUUCGAUCUUAUAUAAUUUAUAUUGAUAUUAGAAUAAUUUUAUAUAAAAUUUUCACAAUCGAGCAGUUUUAAUAAUUUUUAUGGCUUUCAUAAAUUUUCUUCUUAUAACUUUUAAAAUAACAAUUAGAAAUUGAUCUUUUUAUCUUAUCUUUGUCUAAUUUGAGGGAAAUGAAUCUCUAAUUUUUAUAAUUUUACACUUAUAUAAAAAUAUAUUAAUGUUUUAUUUUAAAUCUUAUAAAUUAUUUAUGAUUAUGU